CGGGGAGGUCGAGGGCGGCGGCGACGAACGUUAUGCCGUACCCUCCGCCUCCCAGCUUCUACAAGCUAUACGAUCCCGCCAGGGAGGAGCCGCCCCCCGGUCCUCCCCCGCCUGCCGUCGGGCAGUACACGGCCUUCGGGGCGACGCACACGACCGAGAAGGUGGAGGAUGUGCUGCACAGUGCGAAGCUGUACACGACUGACGGAGACAUACGCGAGGAGCUCAAACGGCUGAACAAGGAUCUUCUCACACGUUUUACCGUGCUCGCGGCCAACAUGGUGCAAGCCCCGAGCCAGUACCAGCGCAGGGUUGAGGAGAUCUCCCUGUUGAUGAACAAUAUUCACCACCUUUUGAACGCGGUGCGACCGUGUCAGGCGAGGUCGACGCUGGAGCACGCGCUGACCGAGCAGGCGAAGCAGAAGAGGGAGAGGCUGAAUGACCUGAGGGAGUGGACAAAGAAGGCGGAGGAGGCGAUGGGAGGGGCACCGGCCGGGCUGAAGGAGGCGGUGGAGGAAGCCGUCGCCGCCGCGGAGAGCCGGGAUGACGCCAUGGUCGAGUAGGCCAAUCUUGUUGUUGGUCAAAACUAGCUGCUAGUCAAAGCGUGAAUGAGCGCGCAUUACACGUCACGUC